CGGGCGCCGACUUUGCCGGGCCGUAUCCCAGCGGCAACCACAUGUCGCCGUCGCACUCGCAGCAGAGCUUCGCGGCGAUGCAGCAGCAGCAGCAGCAGCAGGGUCCGCCGGGCUCGAUGCCGCAGCACCAGUGGCAGCAGCCGCAGCCGCAGCGGCCCACGUCGCGCACGUCGUUCGCGGGCCAGGUCUCGCCCGCCCUCGGCACGGUCACGCUCAAGCAGCAGCAGCAGCAGCGCAUCGUCUCGGGCCCGCCUCAACCGAGCCCGACGCUGUCGCAGCACUCGGCGCCGAUGUCGCCGCCUCUCGGGCGAGGCCUGUCGUCGACGGCCGCCGGCGAUAAUCGCUCGAGCCUCAGCGAUUCGCUCCAGGGCGGCGACCGCUGAGCGUCCUUGUCGGCGUUCCUCGUCGGCCCCGCUCCUCCUCGACGAUCCCCCUCCUGCCACCUCGCCACCUCGCCCUCGCCUCCUCGCCCUCGCCUCCAGCUUUUCCGUCCUUCGAUACCACUACCUUUCGUCAUCCAGCCGUACCUUCGCCGUCGACGGCAGCCCCAAGAUGUGCGCUGGCUAGCGCCACGUCAAAAAGACCUGCGCCUUCGAGCGGUUGCAGCGCGACGAGGCUUCCUCGCCUCGACGCCGCCUACGUUGCUCGGGCCGCUCCCUAUGUGCCAAUAGAUUCCCCUACUGCCGUGUCCCCUCUGUCGGGUCGUCUCUGUUUUGUCCCCCCUCCCUCCCUCCCUCGUCUCCUCGAAGUUGGCCUUGCCGCGCUCCUCGACUUGUAGACCACUCGGCUGUUGGGAACCAGAAGUACGUCACGACC